UCUCUUCCGUUUGCUAUAUAUUGGCACUUAAUUAACACAGUGGCCUAAGCAGAAGCCAUGUGCUAGGGAAAGCAAGUCUUCCUCCUCUCUCUCUCUCUCUCUCUCUCUCUGCUUCUCUCACACUCUACUGCUGCUCAUCACCAUCAUCACCACCAUGGCAGUGCUCCUCUCCAUCCUCUCCUCCUCUUUCCUGCUGCUCUUGGCGGCCUCCUCCUCCUCCACGCCACGCGCGUCUGCGUGCGAGAGGUGCGUGCGCAACGGCAAGGCCGCCUACUCGCCCUCGCUCUCCCCUCUCCCACCUGGUGGUGGAGGAGGAUGUGGGUAUGGGGCCAUGGCCAUGGAGAUGGAGCUGAAUGGGGGAUUCCUUGCAGCCGGGGGUCCAAGGCAGCACAGGGGAGGGCUUGGAUGUGGAAGGUGCUUUCAGAUGAGAUGCAGAAAUGCAGAGGUGUGCAGUAACGCAGGCGUCCGCGUCGUGCUCACCGACUUUCACAGGAGCAACAGUACGGACUUCCUGCUCGGUGGGCCCGCUUUCGCGGGCCUGGCCAAGCCCGGGAUGGCCCACAAGUUGAAGAAGCUUGAUGCUCUGUCAGUAGAGUACAGAAGAAUUCCCUGCGACUACAAGGACAAGAACCUGUCCAUAUUAGUAGAAGAGCAGAGCAAAAGGCCAAACAAUUUGGUCAUCAAGUUCCUUUACCAAGGUGGCCAAACUGAUAUCUUAGCGGUGGAUGUUGCUCAGGUGGGAUCAUCGGAUUGGCGGUUCAUGACCCGGGUCUAUGGACCCGUUUGGAGCAUCGACCGGGCCCCCAACGGACCGCUUCAGUUCCGGGCUGUGGUGACCGGUGGUUACGACGGGAAGUGGGUCUGGGCCGACCGGGAGGUUCUUCCCGCCAACUGGCAGCCCGGCCAGGUGUACGACACCGGUGCGAGGAUCGCCGACGUGGCGAGGGAAAGCUGCCUAGACUGCGCCACGCUGGACUGGAAGUGAAAGGUGUGCUAGACCUGACGUAUCUGGCACUGCAAAGACCAGGUACAUGUAGAUACAGUCCUCAUAGGGUGAAGGGACAGCGCUGGGGUUGGAAAAAACAGAGGCUCCCCUUCCCUGUCAAAACAAAGAGAUACAAUGUUUUUUAUGGGGGAUAGCUGUGAUCUCCCUGUUUAGCCCUUUGAUUUGGUCUCUUCUUCCAAUAUGCAUGUGUUCACUGAACCAUGCAUAUGCAUAUGAGAGAUGUGUCAUCAGGAUCUGAUGAGAUGGUGGUGGUGGUGGUGGGCUCAGGGGAAUGUAAACAAAUGUAACCUAGCUACCCCCAUACUAAUUGCUAGAAUAAUGAACAUAGUUCCAGUGUUUUGUCCUUGGCAUGUGAGUGUGUUUGUGUCCCUGCUUAUUCAAAGUUCACAUGCCCACCUAACCUAUCAAGUUAGACUGGGAUCCCUUGGUCCUUUGUCAUCUUCAUUGAGCUAAACACAUGCUGGUGUGGGACUGUUGUUUGUAGGUACUAGGUAGGUUACUUUUUUGUAGGGCACAUAUAUGUAAUGUAAUAGUAGUCCUGAAGUAGAACCAACAUGUAACUUCUUUUCCUUUUAAAUAAAGGCAGCUCUGCCAUUUAUUUCAA